CAGAGCUGAUCUCGCUUCUUCAUCAACUUUGUACCACCCACCUUGACGCGUGGAUGCUGUAUCUCAUCACUAGGGAGCAGUUGAUAUUAAUGGCUCUCCCAGGAUGAGGAAUUUGCGAUCCACCCCGCGAAGGAAACGCGACACGACCAACCAGUCUGUUGACUUCCUGAACGGCGUCAACAGCACCGGCAAAAAGAACAAUCAACCCCAUUCUCGCCUAUCACGUUCUACCCAUCGAGCAACUCACAUUGGAAUAAGAGCGUCUCGCAAUGGUGGUAGCAUAUGGGAUUUACCGACAGCAGAGGAGGAUGAAAACAUCGGCACAAGAUACCCACGCAAAAACGAACCCCAUACGCCCCGGCGAUCCUCGCGAAUCAAAGAUCAAGUAAAUGGUCAAAACACGCCAGUCAAAACGCCUUAUAGACAUAAGCAUGGAGAGGACGAGGAAGAGGAUGGCGACGGCGACGACGACGACGACGACGACGGAGAAAGCAGUGACGGUGUCCAUGUUCAACUGUUUUCAGACGACAACGUUCCUGGCAGCGUACGCUCGACCAGAUUCUCUCAUAAUCUAGAGCCACAUAAUAUUGUUCAUGACCAAGGCCUAUUUGUUAGCUGGUCUUCUCGAGAAGACAUGGAAGUCGAACAAGUUCCCAACACACAGCUGACGCAGAAUGAGGUGCCCGACGGUAGUGAAUUAGAGCAAGCUGCGAACCAGGUUGGCUCGGAUAGGUCUUCCCCAAUACAAAAGACACCUAGGAGCUCUAGAAAAGCGAAUGGAUUUGAAAAACCAAUUGACAGUGGCAAUGGGAUGACAAAGUCGCCAGAACGUCAUUCGUCAAGAUUGCUUGAAAGAAACGCCAAACCCGGGGGUCUUUCUUCAUUGCAAGAGACUCGUAGCGGCUACUCAAACCCGAGCAGGAGUUUGAACAAAAAUACCCUUCAACAAGAUAAUGAAGAUUUGGAGGACCGCGACUGGAACGACACAGAGGCUACAUCGGCAAGUUCCAAUCCGUCUGAUGAUAGCGGCGAAGUUGAAGAGGAGUCGUUCAUGAAUUCUCCUGUCGGUUUCGUUGUCCAUGAACCUCAAACAAGACCGAGUAAUCAGCGUCAGGAAAAAUCUCCUCACCAACAAAUUGAGGUACAAAUAAUUGGACAACCUAAUGAGCAACAUAACGAGAUUACUGAAAGUGCCGUGGAUGCCACAAAUAAUUCAGAAGAACAACACACGCAGCCGCCUUCUCGACUCUUAGAAUUCAUCAAUCUUAGCCCACAGAAGAGGAAUUUGGCUCUUAUAAUAAGCACUGCCGACAGCAUCGGUCAGGGAGCUUCUUCUUCAGCGAAGAAGAAGUUUAAAGAUAUCAUCAUAUUGAUCCAGCAAGUUUGCGACAUUUUCAAGGAUAUCUCAAACAAUCUGUUGGAUGAUGACCGGCAUUCUCAUUCUCUAAGUGCAUGCGACAGUCUCCUUGAAGUCAUCUCCUCUGAGGGGGAGAAGAUACUGAACAAUGUUUACCGACAGACCACGCGCCUUGAUAAGCCCAGUCGAAAACACAAGGCCAGGGAACUUCUCAGUGGGUUCGAAGCCUGUGUGGUACCAGAGAUGGUCACCCUUAUAACCACCGGCUUUGAGGCGUAUUGCCUUGAUCACAGGGCUUGUCCAGCAGUAUACUACCAUUUACUCUGCGUCCUGGAAUCACUCCUAUACUUUUCUAAACGUAUCUCUAGCCUCGGCCACCGGGAGUACACAAACCUGAAGAUCCUCAGCCGCGCAAUGAGUUCACCUCUUCAGGAACUGAUCGAGGCGUUGAAGUCUGACGAGCUGAAAAGCCAAAGGCCCGAGUCCUCUGAUGGGAGAGUCCUGGAAGCCGAUGUGGGCGAUGAAUCGAGGAGCAUUGCGUCCGAUGAUGACACCAGAAAGGAAUGGACAGAGGAUGAAACGUGGGCGUUGAUUCUGGGACUAGACAAAUACCAAGGACCCAAUCGGUAUAUUGACGUUAUGCGACAUUUCGGCCAUCGGCUGCGUGGCCGGACUUUCCACGAGCUACGAAUAAAGGCUCGAGAGAUUCUUGACAAUGCAUUGCCCAGCAUUCAGGAUGAUUUACAAACCGUUGAAGGGCGCCGAAAACAUCAAUGGCUGCUGAGUGUGCGAGAUGACAACUGAAGCUCUCUCUGUAUGAUAUUUUACGAUAUUACCUAGCGUUGUAGCGAUGAUUUUUCGUAUUAUUAGAAUACCCAGCC